AUGGAUGGAGGGUUUGAUUAUUUCCAGUGGAAGUGCGAAGCAGAGGGUGUGUUGGACAGUCUAUGUGGAGGGCAUAAAGAGCACUUGGUAUUGUUGGAGGGGAAAGAAGCCAAUCGAACUUCAAAGUUUUAUAUGCUGUUGGCUAAUUUCCCGCUCCAGUAUCUUAUGCAUUCUGGCCAGACGGUUUUAAACGCUGGAAGGAAUAAACACAAUUGUUCGGGUCAGCAGACAUUUGGAGGUUGUGAUAGUGGAUUUGGAAAUAAACUUGCCAGACGUCUAGAUGCCAAAGGUUUCAUUGUAUUUGCUGGAUGUCUGGCCCCAGACAGAGAAGGGGCCCGUGAGCUGAAAGAGUCAUGCUCUGACAGAUUAAACAUCGUACAUCUAGAUGUGACAGAUGAUUGGAAAGUUAGAGGAAUGAUAGCAGCCGUUAAACAGAAGAUGAACGGCAAUGUUUUAUGGGCAGUAGUAAAUAACGCUGGCAUUGCAGUUUUUCAAGAAAUAGAAUGGUGUGCUGUAGAACAGUUUCAACAACUACUUGAUGUAAACGUGUUAGGCGUGGUUAGAGUAACUAAAGCAACUUUACCUUUACUGAGACAGGGAGGGGGACGAGUAAUUAACGUUGCCAGUUUAGCAGGCCGAUUCACUGUUCCGGCGUUUGCUGCAUAUUCAAUGUCUAAGAAGGCUUGUAUCGCAUUCUCUGAUGGACUGAGGCAAGAAAUGGCAAAGUUUGGAGUGCGUGUCAUUACUGUAGAACCCGGAUUAUACAAAACUCCAAUAGCAUCCGAGGAAUAUCUCAUCACUCAAAAUAGGAAAUCCUGGGCAGAAACUCCAUCCGAGAUAAAAGAUGUCUAUGGGGAAGCAUAUUUUGAAUCGUUUUUAGAUACAAUAUCGAAACAGAUGAAGCGUGCUAGGAGUAACGUUGAGGAGGUGAUCGAUCAGAUGGUAGAAGCCGUGACUAGAGAGGAUCCGAAGUGUAGAUACGUUCCUCACUGGCUUACAUACAUUCGAGCGACGAUACUGAUGUAUUUACCACAGAGUGUCACUGAUGCUUUCUUUAGAAAGACAUACAAAGUUAUUGGACCAGUUCACGGAAAGAAACAAUGAUUUGAAACAUUUGUUCGCUAGUGUAUAUUCAGUAUUGGUAAAGUUAACGUAUGUAGUUGAGAUACGGAAUAGAAAUGCUUAAAGUGGCAUCUUCUACGGAUUCGGAAUUUGUCAUGCUUUCUCACGCUGUGGUGAAUUCUUUAAGAUGACUGAUUAUGUUGGUAGUGUAUAGUCGUAACCUUUAUUUAGGUUACAGUACACAUGUGAUGGUUCAGUAAAAAUGACUCUGAAUUGCCAAUGAUGUUUCACUUUUGUUGUUAUUUUGUAAAUUUUUAUCAAAUUUAUCUUUUGUCAUUUCAUAGUAUAUUUACCAAGGUCUUUACUGUGGUUUUAGACUUGAAAACGUUAAGCCAUCUUUUAAAAUGUUUUGUUCUUGUUUAGGGACAAGACUAUUGAAAGUGAUUAUCUUUGUCCUUUCAUGAUCUUUUAUUAUGUCUGUUAAACAUUUGGCUUGUAUGUUUUUCUGAUAAGUGUCCAUCUAUGACCAAUUUAUUUAUAGUUUACUUGUCUGGUCUCAGGGAGAUUUUAGACUUGUCACAUGAUAUUGGCGAUUGACCAUUGUGGACGAGAUCGUAUGUUGAUGUAUGUUUUUGACUACAUUUAUUUUUUAUUUUUCUUAAUGUGUCCUGUUUUUUUCACUUUUAUAAACAUUUGUGAAUGUCCAUUACACAACGGUUUGCAUAAUUCAGUGUUCACUGACAAGUUUAAAAAAAGAAACUAUGUUCAAACUUUAUAGUUGGCUGUUCGGGGUGAGCCAAUGAUCCGUGUUGAAGGCCUUACUUUGACCUAUUAUAAUGGUCUUCUUAAAAAAAAAAAUGUGACUUGAAUGGAAAGAUUCCUCAUUGACCAUCAUACCACAUCUUCUUUCGGAACCCUUCCCCUGGAUCCGCCACUGGAUCCACCCUCCUUAUCGCCAUGGAUUUUUUUGACAUACGGAGCAACACAUGGCAAGUUCAGGCAUAUAGGCGAACACAGUUGUCUUUAUUUUUAUUUUCUUAAUUAUAUAGAUUUUCGUAUAUUUAUAAAUAUUAUUUAAAUUCUAAACUUUAGAUUUUUAUUUUAAAUCCAUGUAAAAUAUUUUCAUCUUUAACCCGGUGUACGCAGUCUUGUUUUGACUGUUAAUAUAUAUGAAUUAAAAAUAAAAAUUUAAAAAGUGUGUAAAGUUUCAUAUCAUGACAAUUAAAGUUAAGGUGAAAUAUUUUUUUUUAGAUAUAUAAGCCUUUGUUAUUAAUUGUCAAUAUUAAAAACCAAUUUCACUUUAAUUGUUCAAAGAUUUAAAAAGACCCCUGUCUUGGCUUUUCAUAGCUUUAAGAUAAGUAUUUUAACAAAGGAAAAUUUCAAUCCAGUAAGGAUUACAAUAAUAUAUCGUUUAUGAAUUCUUGUUGUUUUAUUCAUAUUUUAUGAAAUUUUAAUAAUAUUUUUCAUUUUUUUUUAAAUAUUCGCAUGUAUAUGGGUGUUUUGGUUAAUAUUCGAGGUUUUUACAAAAAUAUACGAUUAGCAAAGAGACACAUCUUAACCCCGCCGCAAUUUUGCGCCUGUCCCAAGUCAGGAGCCUCUGGCCUUUGUUAGUCUUGUACGAUUUUUAAUUUUAGGUUCUUGUGUAAAAUUCGGAGUUUAGUAUAACGUCCAUUAUCUUUGUACUGUAUACAUAUGUUUUAGGGGCCAGCUGAAGGACACCUACGGGUGCGGAAAUUCUUGCUUCAUUGAAGACCCAUUGGUGACCUUCGACUGUUGUCUGCUCUAUGGUCGUGUUGUUGUCGCUUUGACACAUUCACCAUUUCCUUUCUCAAUUGUAUCUAUCACCUUUAUUCUUCUUUUGCUAUUUCAACAAUUUUAACCACUGUCUGUCUCUUAAUAUUCGUUACCCUGCUUCAACCCGUUUUACAGUUUUUCCAAUUAUUUCCAUCUCCAACUUAUAGUUAAGUGUGACCGCCUCAUCACACUUUUAAUUUCUUUAACUUUUUGUGAAAGGUGUUUUACAUGUUUAUCUUUUGUUAUAUAAUAUUAUUCAAAUUUGUAUGGAAUAUUUAUAUUCUGUGCCGUUCUAUACAAUGGCUUCAAUAUUUAAUUACAUAUAAUUGUAUUUUGUUAUAAAAUUCAAUCUUAUCUUACGUUUAAUUAUAGUAUUUAUUAUGUAAGAUACACUAUACCAUAGGGCACUGGAUACCAGAUAAUGCAUUUUGUUUCUUAUUUGUAAACAUUCAUUUAAAUGAAUACAAUAAAAACGUGUAUAUAACUUUGUUUCGAAGUUAUAUAACAACCUUA